GCACAAGGACCGGAAAUUCAGAGUUGGCUAGCCUUGGGAAGGCUAAUGGAAAGAACCUAGACUUUUUGUAACGGCAAACAUGGACACUUCAGUUUUAACUCCGGAGAUUUGAAUUUUGACUUUGCUACCUGUUUUAUUCACUUGUGGAAUAUGGUUGUUUGAAUACAGACAGACUAAAUUUGGUCUUAAAGAGGCAGUAGACUGUACCGGAAGGAAAUGGAGAGUAAGCCCAGUAAUUCAUUUUUGGACAAAUUAACAAACUUUUUUACUCACCAUGAAAAGCAUGAACUCCAAACACAGACUGAGGAGAAUCCAAAUGUGACUUCUUUUCAGUCUUUGACUGAGAAAGGAGAUGCUAAUGAUCAACAAAAAUGUGUUCAAAGGCAGGAUGGCAUCGAUGAUCAAGGGGAUGAUUUUGAUAUAAUUGUUAAGACUUUACAAACAAAUGCUGAGAAAGACAGAAAAAGGGACCAUGUCGACAGUUCAGAGCAUCAGAAUGUCAAUGAAGCGGAUGAAAUAGAUUUUUCUUCAGAAAAGGAGGAAGUGGACUUGGACCUGAAUGUUGACCACCCGAGAGAUAAUUACAAUAAAACAUCAGCAGCACGCCAGACUGACCAGGACGUAACAGAUGGUCAAGCUGACACAAAGUCUAAAUCACUUUACGAGGUCUCAGCCAGUGACAAUGCUAACAGACUGGACAAACAACUUGAGAACCCAGCACUCAUUACAGUGCAUAAUAAAGAACCUGAUUUCAGAGAAGGAUCUUUAUACAGGGAUGAAGAGUUUGUUUCAAAAAGCAAUGAUAAGGAUAUGAGCAAAAACAGACUCAAGCAGGACAUAUCUGAAAAUGAGACCGUUGUUAUGGAAUCAGGUAAUGUCACCAAUGAGGAGCUUUUUGGUGUUGUGCAAAAUAAGAGAGAAGAAGGCCACAUAGAGGAAACCAGCAGCAGCAAAGAAAAAAUGAAAAUAUUCAGAGAGAACACUGAGAAAGAACCAUUGAAAGACAGAGUCUGUCAGGAUGUCCUCACAGACACUAAAAGUACAAAUAUUCCCUCUGACAGAAACAAUCUGACUGAAUUUUUAAUAACAGAGUCUUUGAACUCAUCCACAAAUAACAAUGACUUUUCAGUGCAAAGUCAGCAGGACGUAUCUGCUGCUGAGAGCAAAAUAGAGCGUGAUGGAAAUCAUCAAAACACUGCAGAUGUUCAAGAGGUAACCAGAACUGGUGCAAAUGAACAAACUCUGAUUAACGACCACCAGACAUCCACAAACAUGGAUAUUCAGACCACAUUAACACAUUGUGAAGUUAAAAAGGUUCUUUCUUCAAACUCACCUGCGAACACCAGAACUGUAGUCAUCACCCUAACACGUGUUGAAGAUCUUUCUGCAGGAUUAUGUGUAGAUACUGAAAAGAUCCAGUCGAGAGAUGAGACUGUAACCAGAACUGGUGCAAAUGAACAAACUCUGAUUAACGACCACCAGACAUCCACAAACAUGGAUAUUCAGACCACAUUAACACAUUGUGAAGUUAAAAAGGUUCUUUCUUCAAACUCACCUGCGAACACCAGAACUGUAGUCAUCACCCUUACACGUGUUGAAGAUCUUUCUGCAGGAUUAUGUGUAGAUACUGAAAAGAUCCAGUUGAGAGAUGAGACUGUUGGUGAAGCUACAUUCAAUAGAAGCAGUGCAGAAUCAGACAGCAAGUUUGUGGAGGUCCAUCCACCUGCCACAAGCCAGAACAACCAAAUGAAACAUUCUGAGACUGGAGGUGAGAUUUCAGAAGAUUCUGGCCUCUGUGACACUGAAGAACACAGUUCAACUGAGCUAGAUAAAUCAGAACCAGAACCUGUGACCAUACAGCUAGAGGAACAGGUGAUAAAAGUGCAUACAGAAGAAGAAAUGAAUAAAGAGAAUGAAGAAGAAAUAAUACAAGAAGAGACUGUGUUAGAUACAGAUUCAUCUUUCACUGAGAAGACCACAACUGACCAAACCCCCAAAGCAGUAAAAGAGAAACCCCUCCAACUGUCGUCCCUCUUCACCGGGCUGCUCAGCCCCAAGAAAGAAGCCCUUGAGGAAAAAGACACUCCAGAGCAACCCCAAAGCCCUGCCAAAAAAGGACUUUUUACCGAUCAGUCUAACAAGAAAGAAGUCAAGGGAGACUUCCUAGAACAGCUUACCCAAUUCCUCAGCAAGGGGGAAGGGAAGAGAAAGCAAGAGAGCAUGACAAGCCCCCCACUGUCUCCAAUCAGUCAGGAACCUGCAGAAAAGCCAGAGACAACUGUAGAGGAGCCGGCCGUUCUCCAGUCUGAGGAAACAAACAAAUCUACAAAUGCAGAGACGGCCUUAGGGGCAUUGAAGGCUUUCUUCGCAGUUAAAUCUGCCAAAAAGGACACUUCAAAUCGCAUGGACCUGGACACUGUAAAGAGGAAGAUCAACAGGGACAAAGACGUCCUCAAAGCCUUCUUUGAUAGAACCUCAAGCAAGUCUCCAGACAACAAAGAAACUACUGAUUCCAAAGCUGAAGUGAGUGAGGAGCACACUCCUAAGCGACUUCAGACUGUUUGGCCUCCAACAAAACCCAAAGACGAAGAGGAAAAGAUUGGUCUAAAAUACACUGAAGCAGAGCAUCAGGCAGCUCUUCUGCAGCUAAAAAGGGAAUGUAAUGAAGAGGUGGAGAAGUUACAGGCUGACUUCAAACGUGAGCUCUUCCAGUUACAAAAGAAGAAUGAAGAGGAUCUGUCCAGAUUAGGGACAACCAUCGCCAGCUUACAAAGAGAAAGAGACAGAAAUCACAGAGAUGCUGCUGUGUCCACUGAAGACAACAUCGAGCCAUGGUCCUUCCGCUCUGUAUGUAUUCAGACAGAAAGAGAGACAGUCAACAAGCCUGAGGAGGCCAAGGAAACCCAGAGCAGGGGUUUUGACCCCCUGCCUAAAAAUGCUGACCUCAACUCAACAAAAAACUUUACUGGCAAACUAAAGUUACAGAUGGAUAACAACAAUACUCCACCCCCUCCUCCUCCUCCUCCUCCUCCUCCUCCUCCUCCAACAGGCCCUUGUACUCCUAAUGUACCUCCACUUCCUGCUCAGCCACUAGAGAGGCCAGGAAGUGUGCCUCCUCCACCACCUCCACCAAUGACAGGAAGUGGUGUGCCACCACCUGUCUUCCACUCUGCCCCCCCUCCUCCUCCCCCUCCUCCUGGAGUUGGUAUCUUCUCCAGUAAAGCGGCAGACUAUCCUACUCGCAAGCCGUCAAUGGAACCGGUCUGUCCAAUGAAACCGCUGUACUGGACACGGAUACAGAUUCAAGAUAACAGGAACAAUAUGCUAUGGAGUUCCCUGGACGAGCCAGAGAUAAUAAACACCAAUGAGUUUGCGGAACUGUUUGCUAAAGCCACGUCGCCCACCAAAAGAAAGCCCCUAUCUGAAGCCUAUGAGAAGAAAACCAAAGCCAGGAAGGUCAUUAAAUUACUGGAUGGCAAGCGCUCUCAGGCCGUGGGCAUCCUAAUCUCAAGUCUCCAUCUGGAGAUGAAGGACAUCCAGCAAGCUGUUUUGACUCUGGACAAUUCUGUGGUUGACUUGGAUGCUAUUGAAGCCAUGUAUGAAAAUAGAGCUCAGCCCGAGGAGUUAGAGAAGAUUAAGAAACACUAUGAAACCUCAGACAAGGAGCAGGUCAAACUACUGGACAAGCCUGAACAGUUCCUGUUUGAACUCUCCCAGAUCCCUGAGUUCUCCAGUCGAGUUCACUGUUUAAUUUUUCAGUCGAAGUUUACUGACGCUGUUGCCUCCAUACAGCGCAAGACCGAGAUUAUUCUUCACGUCUGCAAGUAUCUGUUGGAGAAAGACAGUGUGAAGGAGGUGAUAGGACUGGUGCUUGCUCUGGGAAACUACAUGAAUGGAGGCAGCAGAGCUCGAGGACAGGCUGACGGCUUCGGGCUUGAGAUUCUUCCUAAGCUUAAAGACGUCAAGAGCAGGGAAAAUCCCAUUAGUCUGUUGGACUACAUUGUUUCCUACUAUCUGCGUCACCUUGAUCAGAACGCUGGGACAGAAAAGAGCAUCUUUCCUUUGCCCGAACCUCAAGAUGUUUUCCUGUCCUCUCAAGUGAAGUUUGAUGACCUCUCAAAGGAUCUCAGGAAGCUGAACAGAGACCUGACAGUUUGUGAAAAGGAUGUCUUAACUGUGUGUACCAACUCAUCUCAUGAGCACGUACAUCCCUUCAAGGAGAAAAUGGACUUUUUCAUUGGCAACGCACAAAAAGAGCUAAUUACUGUGGAACAUCAAGUGAUAUCGGCACAUAAAAGCUUCUGUGACCUAGUGGAGUACUUUGGACUGAAGCCACGUUCUGGAGAGCCAGAGAUUUUGCCUGGCCAUGUUUUCACACUUUGGUUUGAAUUCUGCAGUGAUUUCAAGAUCAGGUGGAAGAGAGAGAACAAGGUCAUAUCCAAACAGAGAAUCAAAGAGGCCCAACAGUCAGUGCGCAACAUGACAGCAGAGAAAAAGAUUGAGACCAGAAGGGCACAUGCGAAUGGACUGAAAGAGAGACUGCGUCUGAAAGAAGCAAGUCUGACCACCAGCUAACCCCAUCUGCCAUUACCAAAGAGGACCAGAUACGUUUAUGUUUAAGACCCAGGCACUUGCAUUUUGGCAGGGUCAGAAUAAGGUGCACCUGCUUGUGUGACACUUUUCCUCAAGACUGCAAAUUUAGAAGAUGACAACCUGUCUGUCAGUGUAGUGGAUCCCAUUCCUGUGUAUAACCCAACAACCAAUGGCUCACCAAAAAUUCCUUUGACCAUGUUUCAGAUAUGAAUGAAUGCUGCUCAAAAUGAGAAAUAUUUAAGAAAUGUUUAUAUACAAGUUAGCUCGAUCUGUUCUGGGAUUUUCACCAGUCUAAACAAUUAAGGGUUGAAAAAGCAGUCUCAACAUUCGACUUGUAAAAGGCAGUAACUUUAUUUUGUAUAUUGAGUAACAAAGUUUAGUCACUUUUUAUGCUCAUAUUAAAUCAUUACAGAAUAUUAAAAAAACAAAGAUAGUGUACAUGUGAAAUAUUAAUAUUAAACUACCCUAUCAGUUUUAUUUGGAUGAACAUCACACAUUUUUAUUGAUGACAGUUAUGUUGCUUCAUCACAUUUUAUUGCCAUUUAAUCACAGUAAUAUUGUUCCUUUUUUAAUAAACUCAACACUGUAAAAAGUAUUCAUUAAUAUAAAAACAUUUAACUUGUUUUCUGUAAUGUUUGUUCACCUAGAUUUUCUUUAUCAAGUGAUUAAAAAGGCAGAAACUUGGCACCACAUUCUUUUUACA